AUUCCUUUAACAAUCUGCGUUUCUUAAUCCCCACGAAUCCCAACUCCACAAUUCUCCCGGUUCUUCGACUCCUAAACCUCUCCGACUCUUACGUCAGCAACGCCACCGUGAUCGUCGCUCGGCGGUACCCAAUUCUGAUCGCCGUCGAAGGUAGUGAAGAAAUUUGAUAUCUUUGGUGGGUUUGAGGUUUGAGGUUUGAAUUAGAGAGAUGACGCACAGAAGGGUUAACCCAGAUGAAAUCCAAUUGAGGAUUGAUCCGAUUCACGCUGAUGUUGAUGAGGAGAUCACUGGUCUUCGAACCCAAGUCAGAAGAUUGAGAAACGUGGCUCAAGAGAUUGAGGGCGAAGCCAGAAUUCAGAAUUCUAUGCUCAAUCAGCUGGACCUAACAAUGACAAAAGCUGAAGCCUGGUUGAGGAAUAAUGUCAGGAGAUUGAACAGGAGCACCAUCCAAAGUGGUUCAAACCAUGUUGUCCAUGUGGUGUGUUUUGCACUAAUUUGUUUCUUUCUAGUGUACUUUUGGUCCAAGAUAUCCAGAUGAUGAAGGAUGAUCUCAAAAGUAUUUUUGAACUUCCAAAAAUCCUUCCGUUCAAGAAGAGAUUCUCUGGAAUGCCGAAUUACUGGUCUCAUUGUAAAGCCAUUCUCGCGCUUCUGUUACUAUAACAAGUUUGAAUAUUGACUUUAGCACUUCAGUUUUUGGAAAAUAUAGUAAGUGAAGCAGUUGUGUUUUCAAUCAGGGAAACAAUCUUAUGUUUCAGAUAUUAGAGAAAUGAUCUAUGUAAUAAAGUUAUAUCA